ACGUCUAACGCGUUUAUUACUCUGAUAGAUUAAUGUGUAUCAUAACGUUAAAAAUUAGUUGUAACUUUGAAUGGCAGGCAACAUUGAAACACGUAAUAUGUACGUUAUGACACGUGUAAAUAUUUUACACAGAUGUCGCAAGAAGCAAAAGUAAGAUAAAUAGUGGUAAACACGAUUGCCUCCGAUGUUUCUCUCGACAGUCACGGACAGAAAGGAGUGAAAUAAUAGUUUAUGUGAUAGUCUAAUCAUCCUUUUCAUUACACACACACUCGUUUUCCUCCCAUAUAAGUGAAAUUAAUAUUAUUUCAUCUUUAAAAGUUUACGCAUCAUAUGUAUGUGCAGUUGUAUCAUCGGAAUACGUACGAGAAAUUGGUAAUUCAUAUUUGUGAAGACUGUUUCGAUCUUACGUCAAGCGAAAAUCAUUUUCCAAAUAUACAUAUUUACAUACCGGUGUGUAUAUGUUUGUACGUAUGUAUGUAUAAUGCGGUUGAAUUCUAGUCGUGCUUUUCUGAAAAUUAGGUAAAUUUGGAAAACUACGGAAGAGGAAAAUAAAUGUACGAGAUAUGAAAGAUCGUAUCUACAAACAACGUAACUGACUCGAAAACGUCGACUACAGAAUUUGAAGGAACGAUCGUUAGAUCCCCAUCAUAUUUAUCCUUACUAAAAUCCAAAAUAGGAAGGAGAAAAGAACCAGAAGACUUAAUCGAACAUUUCGUUCUUUACAUCAUUUAAUAUAGAAGAGGAAAACAGAAAAAACAAUAGUUACAUUACCUUCGUGUGAUUUAAUGCGUGAACAUUUAUAAAUAAUUAAUUGAUUAUAAGUUACGGAACAAAUCGAGCGUCAAAAUGGCCAACACUCGAAUGAAUUACCAUCAUCAACGAAUGAUUGUGAUCAAAGCUGUACUUUUAUUCCUGAUAAUAGACAAAACAAAUUCAGAAGAAAAUUUCUUUAACGAACGUAAGUUUGAUCGACCGUCAUAUCCUAGCUGGUACGAUCGAUCCUCACUAAAUACACGUAGAUCCGUUGAUAAUGACGAUCGUAUAUACUUCGUCAAAGAAGAUGUCAAUUUACCAAUAUGCCAGAAUGACAUUUUUUGCGAAGAUGUUCCUAAUUAUCCUGAAGAAUUUGUAAAGGCUAAAUUACGAUCAACCAAGGGUAUAUUUGGUGUCGUAGAUAUCUUAGUAAAUAAAACGGAUGAUUUAGCUGUCAGAACGGAUGUGGAUGAAGUAUCGCUAUGCUUAAGCCAGGAAGAGAUAAUUCGUCCUAAAACUGCAAAAUCUGUAAAUGGGGAGUGGCUAUUUAUAGCACAGAAUGGACAAGAAUUCGCGCAAGCGGUACGCAUCGAAGUUUGCAUGCAUGAUUCUCAACCAUGUAGAUUUUUCAGCUCUGAAUACAAAACAGUUUGCGAACAAACUUACAUUUUUCGCGAGCUUGUUGCAGUUAAGGAUGAUGGCUUAAAAUCAGACUUGUUUCGUUUUCCUGCCAACUGUUGUUGCAAUAUCAAAAAUACGUAGAAUACUUUAUUCUUCUUUUUAAAUGCACUUUAUUUAAUUGACGUAUAUAAUAUAUAUAUAUAUACUCGAAAUUUCUAAUAAAAUAUAUAUUUAGACGAAAUCUAUGUUUGAUUUGUUCAGAAUAAUUUUAGAAAAUGUGAUACUCUCGCUGAAAUAUCCUGUACAAAGUAUGUAUAUCGAGACUCUUGGUAAAAGUAUGCAAUAUACUUAACUCACGACAGCA